UUCAUGUCUUCUCUGUGCUCCGCUGCCGCCGCCACCAUCCUCAUCUUCAAUCGGCCCACUGCGAACCAACACCAUGGCUGAGAAAAGCAACUCAUUCGAUCGGCCAUGGCAUUAAUAGACGGACGGCGAGAGGGCGACCAGAGCAGGCAGAAGACGGUGGCUGCGACUAUGGCUUCCGGCGACGGGCGAAAGCUUGAAUCGAUCGGCCAUGGCGAACCCAGCGAACACGGCGAAAACAGCAACCAGAGACGCGCGCCAUCGGGGACGACGAGCGACGCCACGGUCGUCGCUGCCACCGCCUUCUCCCUUCUCCGUUCAUCGCCAUCGACCCAGCGACCGCAGUACCGGACUCUCAAUUAGCAAAAUGAAGAAAGAAGAAGAAGGGGAGACUGAUAUUGUUGGAGACUCUCAGACGAAUGAUGUCGUCUCAGACGACUCUAUAUCGAAGGAACCAAAUGGUGAAGUACUAUUAGGACACAUGGAUUCAAGAGGAGCACCAGAAAUUGUAUUGGAAAUGCAAUAGGUACCGCUCCACCAGAGUGAUGGUUUGUCGGGCAUAUCAUCAACUGAAAAUGGUAAGCAACAUUUAGCUCGAUAGUAUCUCUAAACUCCAUUCUUGAUUAUUGAGGUAUCAAAAUGUUUAAUUUUACUUUAGCUAUAGAUUUAUAGUCAAAUUUUGUCAAUUUUACCGUUCAUUCAAUAACUCAUAGGCUAAUGUGGAAACAUCACCAUCUCUCUCUCUCUCCCUGCCCCUACACGACUUUGAGAUUUUAGAAAGGUCUUGGAUUUUUGUGAGCUUCUGGUUUUUGCUAAGAUAUGCCUGGGAAAGACGUGAGUGCCAUGCAUUCAUGGUUGUCCCAACUUAAUCCGACGAUUCAUUGGUUUAACGUGCUAACUUUGUUUUCUUUUUUUUUUUCUUGGGCUGUUGAUUAUUUGAGGGGAUUGAUGAGUGAAGUUUUGGAAAAUUUGCUAGUUGAGCUCAAUAAAAAUUUGCUAGUUGAGCUCAAUAAUGGGGAUCGAACCCAAGAAAGAUUGGUGUUGCAUAUUUUGUCUCUUCACCCUAAUUUCCAUUUUUUAAAGAACCUAAUCCAAAUUUGAAUGACAGUCACCCAACAAACUUUUCUCGAUUCUAGGUUAAACAAAGAGAGUUAGAAAAUACUUAUUUUAGUGGAGAAAACCCUUUGGACUAGAUCUCAGCCUAGACUAAUUGGGCAUUAGAAUUAAUGGUUUUCUCUCCCAACUUAAAUCUAAAUUAUCUAAGUACGUAAGGCCACUGACUAUAACCCCAUUUUAGACGCAUAGUAAAAUUGCUUCUAUUUGCUAUACUCGAGACAACAAUGCAACAAUAAUUUUUAAAUUGGUCUCAAUAUUUAAUUUCCAAGUUGUAUAUUCGUCUCUUGUAAAUUCUCAUAAAUUAGAGAUAUUUAGUGUUGUAUAUAAACUCUUAAUAGUCAACCAAAUUACGGCUAGACCAAGCAGUCCACUUGACCAAUAUAUAAUUACUGCCCAAAGGUUGGGUAAUCGGGAUCAAUACCAUGAGCUCGCUAGGUAGUGGAAUUCCUCUGAUGGCUACGGUAGGGGCAAAGGCCAAGGAGGUGUCAAAGUUUGUAGGUCAAACUUGUGUAAACCCAACAAAUAAUAUUGUGACUACCCAACAAAUAAUAGUGACUGGAACUUUAAGCACCCAUGCUAGUAACAUGUUAAUUGAUGAACAAUAUGAGGCAUUCAUUCAAUUGAUAUCUAGCAAUUCUAGCAAGUCCAACCCAAUGCUGAAGUCUGUAGGUAACAUAUCCACUUUUAAGAAUGAAAAAAAUUGCAAUGAGGGGAGGAACACAAUAAACAUAAACUACUUACUUCAGAACAAAUUUAACUCCACCCUACCACUCAUCCACCUAUAUAUAUACUUCUCAGGAACCGUAACAAUCAUCAUUUCCAGUUGACAGACAGAGGGUAUAUGACUUGCUUCAUAAAUCAUAAUUUAUAGGAAUCACAUCAGUCAAUCAUAAAUAGUUCGGGUACAAUAUCGAAUCUUGAGAGGCUAUCGUAACUUCUAAUUACAAAAUUAUCUUACAAGCCAUCUGAUCUUUCUCGACAUCCUAAAAAUGAGAUGGUAGGGCUCUAAUAAGGUAGAGUUCAAUUCUUCACAAAAUACACAUUAAAACUUGGCUAUAUCCUUGGUCUUCCCAUUGCUUAAUUAACCUGAACGUUGAAUAUUUUAGAGAUAUAAUCUAGAUUAGAAGAUGAAACUUUUAAAUAAGGGUAUAAAGAAAAAAACUUCGUAAAUGCAUGGUACAGGUGACAUGAUGCAACUGUCGACCUAGGGCAAUCUUUGACAAAACAUCAAUCUCGACACAAAACCCCAAGUAAUUAUCCUGCAAAUAUCUUUGGAGAAAUUCAUCCCCAGCACGAGAUAUUUCUAUAGACAUUCUGACAAACACCCGUGGGGUGACAUGGUCCCCAUGCCCCUAGGUCAAAUCCCUGCCCCAUAAUGACCAAUUAGGAUAUGUCACAAGUAUGAAGAUGCAAAUCAUCAUGCUGAGUUGAAAAUUGCACGUUUUUUGAGACCACGUCAUAUGUGCAUAAGGGGUUAAUAUGAUGCAAGAAAAAUAUAGCCAACCUCGUUAAAGACUUAUGCAAAAAUGAGACCUUAGAAGGAUUUUGGCAGGACCACUCACAUUGAUUAUUACUUUUUGAGUUUUCUCGAUAUGCGUGCCUUAAUCUUGAAACAUGUGUUCAAAUAUUUUUUUCAUACCAAAAUUUCAAAAUUUCAAGAAAAUCAAUACAACUUAAUUUCCUAAUAUUGCAUAAUUUUUUUGAAUUUUUUUUCUAUUUUCUUUAUUUUUUCUUAUUUAUUCUAUAUUAUUAUUAUUAUAUUUUCUUUUUCUUUUUAUUUUUGUCUUCCUUCCUUCUUUUUUUUUCCCCCUCUAUUUUUCCUUUCCUCUAGCGUGCCUCCAUGCCCUUAGCCACGCACAUGGCGCGUUCAUGACGCGCCAUUUUUCGAUAGUCUUCCUUGACGAUCCAAUCGUCGUCGGCCAUUGCCUGGCUUGAUUUUUUAUUUUUUUGGCUUUCUCAACACCUUUCUCGCCUCAUUCCGAUCACGAUGGGAUAGGUCUCGGUUUGAAAUAGGGGUGUGCACGGUUUGGUUUGACCGAACCAACAUGCCAAACCGCACUUGCAGUUUUCCUUAAAAUUAGAUUGUGCGGUCUAUUUUGGUGAGGAAAACAACACCAAAUCGCACUGCAUUUUGCAGUGCGGUUUGGUGCGGUUUUUGCGUUUUGGCAGAACCUAGUGCUGGUUGGUUUUUGCGGUUUGGUUUCCAAAAUUUGGUACCUACUGUUAAAUGAUUCAAAUCUAUUAACCAAUCAAGUAAUUAUGCUAACAACAAUAACCAAUCAAAUCAUUCAAAUGCAGUUCUAGCACCUGUAAUAACCAAUCAAAUAAUUAUGCUAACAACAAUAACCAAUCAAAUAAUUCAAAUGCAAUUCCAACACUACAAUAACCAAUCAAAUAAUUAUGCUAACAACAAUAACCAAUUAAAUAAUUCAAAUCUUAAAACCUCCCAUACAAAGGUUAUGAGCAUGGUGCACAGAGACAAAAGAUGACAAGCACACAUAAACACUUUAUAUUAGUUUAUAGGGGCCAAAUCCCUAUAUUCCAACAAAUGAAUGAAAUGUAUGCAUGUAAUCUCAUAAAAAAUGAACUAGGCAUGGCUGCGGAAUAUAGUAAGAAUAGAAAUGGCACACGUGCACAUGCGACCACAAUUCUAUGCUUUAUCCUACAUUAUUCUUUUUUGACAAAUAACAAGUUAAUUAAACAGAGAACACCAUAAUGAAGUGAAGUGCUUAUGGAGAAAUGGUUCUAUCCAUCCCAAAAGCAAGAAGACACAAAUGCAACAAGACUAUCAGAAGAGGAGUAAUAAUGGUCCUAUCUAUCCCAUAAAACUCCAAAUAAGACACAGGAAAGUCAACUUUUCCAAUAAGAAGGUAUAGUUCCAAUUUAUCAACAGUUCCUUGCCACAAUAAAAUCAUCAUGCAAAAUAUUAAAGGUUAAAUUGUUGUAUCCUAUAACUAUAUUACUGCAAAAAAAAAAAAACAACUAAAAAUAAAUAACACCAAAUAAAUUAAAAUUCAUAACAAUGUCAACUAAAUUAAAACAAAUAAACAUAGAAAUAAAAAGCAGAAGUGACGAGACAAAACAUGCUAGAAUGAUAAAUCAACAUAGUUAUUGAGGAAAAUAGUUACGUAGAUGUCAGUACCAAAUACAAAUUAACUUUAGCAUUUGAUAAGAAAUUUUAAUUCAGAUAUAAGGCCGGUUCAAAAUGAAGGCAGAAACAAAAACUAUAGCCCUCGAGCUGUGGCAUCACAUUUAAAUCGAACCGCGGUUUGAUAAUUUCCUAAACCGUUUCGAACCGUCAUCUAAAAAAAUCAUCUGAUUCGGCCGGAUUCGAUUCGUUUCGAGUGGUUUUUGUGGUGUGCCAGUCUUUUUGCACACCUCUAGUUUGAAAAUCCAGCCAAAUUACAGCCGAAUAGCCGUUUAAAUCUUCGGCUCCAACGAGUUUCACGAUUCCAACGACCUCUUGAAUCUCACUCGAAAUGACACCAAACUUGCUCAAAUGUCACAGAAAUUAUCUCAAAAACUGAGGGAACAAAAUCCCUUUCUAUCACUCGGAUUAAAUGAUUGAAAUUUGUGAAAUUUUUUACCAUGGAAGCUCCCUAUUUAUAGCCGAUUUUUGACCAUUGCAUUCUUUAACCAAUCACGUUAUAUUAUGUCUCCUGGUGGUCUUCUUCAGGACAUGAUGAGCUCGAUCAUACCCUACUGAUGAUUUGAUGCUAGUAUGGCCGAUAACUUGCUAUAGGUUUUCUGAAAUUGUAUUUUUGCCCAACUUCUUCUUCCAUUUUUCUCUUUGACCCUUGCCUACAAGUUCCUAACUUUCCAAGACUUCACUUGGCCUCACCAUUUUGAAAAAUUUCAUUUUGGUCCAAAGUUUUGAAAAAUCACACUUUGCCUUAUAAAAUUUUUUUUACUUAAACUUGUUUAAAUAUUCGGGUAUUACAUUACACAUGAAGUAUCAGGGUUUAAUUCAGUGUGGUGACUUUCUAAAAGAUAAGUUUCACAUAGACUAUCCCGAAUGUCUAGCUCUAUAUUUGUAUAAGAUGUAAGAACAUCUGAAUUUAUUAUGAGGGUAAUCAGGGGAGAAGUCUGAUUUCCUCUAGAAUUAAUUAAGCAAAACUUGGAUACAUAACUUAUUAAAAAAAAUGCAACAUGCUUAAUUUGUAUGGUAAUGAAAAAAUUGCUUUAUUAGCAUGUCAUGGAUAUUGAUGAACGGACAUACACGGACACAUCAUCAACUGAAAAUGGUAAGGAACGUUUAGUUUAGCAAUAUUUAGAAACUCAAACUUUUAAUUAUUGAGACAUUAAAAUUUUAAAUUUUGCUUUAUGAUUAAAUUUUGUCAAUUUUUACAGUUCAUUUAAUGUUGUCAUAGACUAAUGUGAAACAUCACAUUGGCUCUCUCUUUCUCUCUCUCUCUUUCUCCCUUGCCCCACACCACUACUAGACCUUAAAAGAGUCUUAACUUUUUUUAAGGGCCUGUUUGGUUUAACUUAUUUUUUUAUAGCUUAUAAGUUGGUUAACUUAUACGUAAUAUAAAGCUUUUAAGAUGUGUAGCGUAUAACCUAAUAACAUGUUUAGAUAGAUGUACUUAUAAGCUAUUUGUUAAAAAUUAUGUAUUUAGAUUGAAAGAGUUGCUAAGUUAACAUAACUUGAUAAAAAGACGGAAAUAGACAUGUUAAAGAAUAUAAAUUAAAAAAAUAAAAUACUUAUUUUAAUAAAAUUUAAUUAUAAAUUAAAGUUUAAUGAUAAAAUUUUAUCUGAUAAAUUAUAUAUAAUUUUUAAAAAUUAUUAAUACAAUAUAUAUUUGUUAAAUAUAUACCUUAAAUAUAUAUACAUAUAUAUAUACAUACAUAUACAUACAGACCCAUAUCUACAUGGGUUUUCAUGGCGUGGAUGGAGGAGAAAUUGGUUGAUGGUGGAGUAAGAGGUCGACACUGCAAGCGACGACGAAAGAAUUUGCAAUGAAAGAUGCAGUCGACGGUAGAGGAGGAAGCGACUGGUGGCGGAGUAGGAGGAAUCAGCCAAUGGUGAAUGCAGACGAUAGCCAACGAGGUUGGAGGUGAUGGUGACAGCGACAACGACAAUGACAGACGAGCUAGAGGUAACAGAUGGUCAAAGUUGCAGCGGCGAGCAGAGUUGGAUGGUGAUGGUGGAGAUUGGGGUUGAAGGUGAGGAAGAAAAUGGGUAUAGUUGUAAAUAACUUAAAUUUACGAGGGUAAAUUUGUCAUUUCGCAAACAAUUCAAAUAAGUUGCCAACAGUUUAUUUGGAAAAGAUAGGGGUACCAGCUUUUUCAGGGCGCUAUGUGACGAGCUUGUAAGCUAUUAAGGUAAUAAGCUCUUAA